AAUGGAGCACCUGCUGGUGGCCCACGAAAAGGAAGCAAAAUAACCUCAAUUGGCGACGGCGAACAAAAGUCUGGAAAGACGACAGGUCGAGGCUAUUCUGAUUCUGGAGCUGGCAAAACUGAAGAAAGCGAAGAAGCGAAGGAUUUAUUAACUAAAAAAAUUAUACGAAAUUCGGAAUACCAGUCGGGAAUUAAUGAUGACUGGAAACACUUUUCCACUCCUCCUUUGUUGCACGAACAGCAGAUUUCAGAAAAGAAAACGAAAUCUGGAGAACUGGUACAGUCAAGAAAAGAGAAUUCCUUAGAGGAUCAGCAAAGCGCGCAGUCAGAAGGUGAAUCCGAAGAAGAGCAGUCCAAGCAUCCGUACAAGAAGCUUGCUCAGGCUGCAUCUCUACGACGCAAACAUAAGGCGUGA